AGAGUCGCCAGCAUAUGAGACAUUAAACCCGACAUUCAAGAGAAAUUGCCGAGACUGUGAACGGCCGAGAUGGCUUAUUACGAUCCAACUCCAUCGUCUCCAUCAAAUGAAGUCAAUCUAGGCGCGUCCGUCAACCCUCAUGCCAAACCCACUGACUUUGACUUCCUGGCAGUGAUUGGUAAAGGGACAUUUGGGAAGGUGCUCCUAGCAAAACUGAAAGCGGAUGGAAAAUUCUACGCAGUCAAAGUUUUGCAGAAGAAGGUUAUAUUGAAGAAAAAAGAGCAAAAGAAUAUAAUGGCCGAGAGGAACGUGCUGCUCAAGAGUCUCAAACACCCUUUUCUGGUCGGGCUGCACUACUCCUUCCAGACCUCUGAGAAGCUUUAUUUUGUCCUGGAUUACGUCAAUGGUGGAGAGCUGUUUUAUCAUCUGCAAAGAGAGCGAUGUUUCUCUGAGCCGAGAGCUCGUUUCUACACGGCUGAAGUGGCCAGUGCCAUUGGAUACCUUCACUCUCUCAAUAUAGUUUACAGAGAUCUCAAGCCAGAAAACAUUCUGUUAGACUACCAGGGCCAUGUGGUCUUGACAGAUUUCGGCUUGUGUAAAGAAGGUAUAGAGCCGGAAGGAACCACAACCACCUUCUGCGGCACUCCAGAGUAUCUGGCGCCUGAAGUCCUGCGGAAAGAGCCGUAUGACCGGACCGUGGACUGGUGGUGUCUCGGAGCUGUGCUCCAUGAGAUGCUUUACAGCUUACCCCCAUUCUACAGCCGGGACGUUUCUGAGAUGUAUGACGCCAUCCUGCACAAACCUCUGCAUCUGCCGCCGGGAAAGUCCGAGUCUGCCUGUCUGCUGCUGUACGGCCUGCUGCAGAAAGACCAGCACCGGCGGACUGGAGCCAUCGCUGACUUCUUGGAGAUUAAAAACCAUGUGUUCUUUGCCCCCAUAAACUGGGACGACCUCUACCACAAGCGAAUCACUCCUCCAUACAACCCCAAUGUGAGGCCCCGGCAGACCUCCAGUCACAUUGACCCAGAGUUCACCAGAGAGAUGGUGCCACAUUCAGUGGGCCGCACGCCGGACCCCACGCCCAGCCUGGCCACCAGCAGCUCCAACGCCUUCACUGGCUUCUCCUACAUCUCUGGAGAGGACGGCUUUCUCUGAGAACAGAUGGAGGUUUCUGGACACUGCAAAAAACAUACACAAAAAUGCAUGAACUGUGAAGCAGAAACACCAGAAGAGCUCAGAGAGGCCGGACUCAUUCUGCAUCCGUAAAACACACACUGUAAUAAAAUAUACUUAAAUUAGCAGUUUUUCGUA